AUGCACUGGUUGGGUCCUGCGGGAUCUAGUAGAGGCUUGGUUUGUCUUAAGAAAUCGGAUAUUCUUUCGCAGUGUAUAGUUGUAUGGAACCCAGCCACGAAGCAGUUUAGGUUUCUCCCUGAGACGGAUGAUUAUUAUCUACUAGGGUUUGAGUUCUUUCAUGACAUUAGAGAUUACAAAGUGGUCAGCAUUCUCCAACCUGAUCUUAACAACACAAUUCGAGCUAAAGUCUUCACCGGCAAUACAAAUUCUUGGAGAGAAGUCAAAAGCCACUACUGCUGUUUAUCACGUCCAUUUUUCUUGGGAACGAGUCGUUCAAUCACCUUGAAUGGGGUGCUGUACGCGCCUCUGUGGAUACAGGAACAAAGAUCGCAUGUCUUGUCAUUCAAUUUGCUCGACGAGGUCUUCCAUGUGAUACCAUUACCAGAGAGCAGUAGUACUGAUCGAAUGAGACUACUUUCAUGGAAAAAUUCAUUGGCAUUUAUAGGAGGUCCUGAAUAUGAACCACUUGGCGAGCUUUGGGUGAUGACUGAGGAGCCUUCUGCUGGUACUGCACAAAUCACUUGGGUUAAACAGUUUAUACUUGAACCAUCAGCACUGCCGGGAUAUAUAUUAGGAUCUUGGAAGGAUGAAUACCUUAUUUUAGGGGAUGAUUAUUUUUCCAAUGAGCUGUAUUGUUACGAUCCUGCGAUCCAGAAAUCGGCAAGGCUUCCACAACUUGUUGAAACUGAUAGAUACAGUUAUUACAGGACAAUCGACUAUGUGGAGAGCCUAGUUUCAGUAGACUAA